CCCGCCACGCCAAGGCCCGGGCCUCGCCUCGCCUCACCGGAGGCUAUUUUUCAGGCAAAACCGUCGUGCAGCGGCCUCCACGCUCCACACAUGCCUUGCGCUUUCGAGAGGCCUGGCAACGGGGCUGGGGGUGUAACGGUCAGCGCCAGGAGGCAGGCCGGAGAUGGGCGGCUCCGAGGGGCGGCGGCGGCGGAGCAGCCGGGAGGCUUUGAAGCCACCCUAGAGGAAGGGAUGAUGGCGGCGGCCCCUCGCAAGGGAGCGGGAAGCGCCGCCUCAGUCCGUGCGGAUCAUCUUUAUCCAGUGGAUGUAAAAGUCGAAAAGCCUGAGGCUCUAGAAGCAGCUGCUCAGGCAUACUAUGCAAAACUUUUAGAGGAACCAUCGCCUGCCUCUGAGUUUUUCUCUAUACCAGGAAGAGAAAAAGUUAAACUUGAAGCUUCUUUGAUGCGCUUCCUUCCUCUGUAUAAAGAAAACAGUAAACAUACACUUCUGGUUUUAAAUGAUCCACAAGAUAAGUAUACAGUUUUAGCAAUUUAUUUGCAUCAUUCGUGGUGGUUUAUUGAAGAUGUAGUGAAGACUGAUGAUCAUUCCUGUGACGGGCUGAAACAGGUCCAGACAUUUGGAGAAAGAAUUGUCCUCUUUGUGCUUAAUUUCAUUAUUUUUGGAAUGCUAGAGAGGAGUUUGACUCAUGAUGUGCUCUUUGUGCCUCAUUCCGAGAACGAGUGUGCCAAAAUAUUUUGGAGGCGUGGAGAUGCAGCUGCUUUCUACACGGUGAAAGUGAAAGGAACCCUGUGUGAUGGGCACACCAGCCAAUGCUACUUGCUCCCAGUUUUGGACACAAUGUUUGUCCGGAAAAAGUUUAGAAGACAUGGACUUGCCCUGAAAAUGCUCCAUGAUUUUUGUCAGACUUUUGCAGCCGAAGAUGCCUUGGGACUCAGCUGUCCUGUUUCUGCUGACAUGUACCAAGUUUGUCGAAGAUUCUUUGCAAUCCAUCCAGAGGAGCAGUCUCGACUGUGGGAAGUGGAAGCACCAGGGGACUGGAGUCAACGUGCUAGUAUCUGGCUAAAGAUUCAGCUGGAACAAAACCUUCAGGAAAGUUCAGGCACAGCUGAGAGCUGUGGGAUGAAUAAAUCACAAGCGGGAAGACACGUAAACAGCCUGCAAGCAACGCAGGAGUUGGAUGUGAGCUGCCAUAUGAAGAGGUUUCAAGAGGAUGAACCUGGGCAAUCAGAUGAAGGGCAAAUGAAAAAGAGCAUUGCCCACAUUCCCAAGACGGCUUCGCCAGGUGAGGGAAAGAAAUGUAAAGAUGACCCAGAAGAGGCAGUCAACUUAUGGCCUCAUGGUGAAGAACAUGUUCAACAUCAAGCCAAGAAACAGCAAUGUAAGGGCUCGAAGAAAAGAGCCAGUGGAGGAGAACCAGCUGAAGGCAGAGUUCCUAAGCAGUUUAGAGUGACGUCCUAAAUUCUGUGUGUGUGUAAAGCAGAACAAGGUUUAAACUGAUGUAGCAGAAUAACUUUUGAUUUUUUUAUUGAAUAGCAAGACAGAUGCCCUUGUUCAAAUCUUCCCUCAGCGAUGGACUUGUCUAGGCGCCCCUACUCUUCUCUCAGCCUCGCGUCUGCAGUGUAAAAAUGAUAGAAGUAGCCUACUUUGCAGGGCUGUUGUAUCUGAUGGUUGUGCUUGCUUCUCCCCAGCACCAAAAUGCUGCUGCCUUCUUGUGGGGGAGCUCUGGGGGCUGCUAAAGAUACGCUCCUCAGCUAACGGAGCAGGGGGUUGGAGUUGAUGGCCUUAUAGGCCUCUUCCAGCUCUAUGAUUCUAUAAAGUGGCUCCUGCAUCUGCAAACGUCUCUCCAAGCUCUUGCUUAAUCUCUUCUUCUAAAGCUGGCUUCCCUUCCAGCUUCAGUCACAGGAGCUGCCAGAGGCAAAAUGCUGCCACCUACUUCUUAACAAAAAGAGUCCUUUUUCUACUAGUAGUAGUGGUAGUGAGAUGGCUCCCAGUCUCCGUCCAGCUCCUGUGGUGUGGUGUAGAGAGUGGGUUUAAUUGGGUGGGAGAACUCAAGAUGGCCGGUACUGUGGCCUGCCUCUUGGCCAUUGCCACCACCUCUUCCCUGGGGGCACUAUGUGGUUUGCAGCCAGUCCCACAUCACUGCUCAUGAUGAGACACAAAGCAAGACAGAUAGGGGUAUUACUGUGUAUAGUAUAAUAAUUGCGCACAUUUUCUAGCUUCUAGAGAAUGAUGAUUCAGAUUUUAGUAUAAAAAGUGCUUGACUGAUGCUCUUUUCUUCUCUAUUCCUCUUUGAUUCCAGAGGACAGUUCAUUUCUCAUGUGCGACACUUUUUAAAACAAAUCUCUUGUUUUGCUAAUUGUCCUUUUAACUUUCACUAAAAGCUGGUAUUUCCAAAGCAUGUAGUAGUAAAUGAACCUAGUUUGUUUAUUUCUUCAGAAACAAGUGUAAUGGAAUGUGUAUGCUAAGCCCUCAAGUUUUAAUUGGAGGUGGGGAAUCAUGUAGGUACUGAUGGCAUAUAAAGAUUUUUUUAAGCAUUCUGUUUUGAAACAUUACUCCUGAUCUGGCUUCAAGUGAGAUCUGUAGACUGCUCCUGU